UGUUCGUCCCAGGAACGCGAACGAUACCAUCUACCCAACGGGCGACGAAGGCAGUCAUCGUAUAAGUUACUACUUACGGCCAAGUCAACAACACUACAUGGUGGCAGUGGUGUGCAACUGAGACUAUCGAAGGAUGGCUCAACAAAUUCAGCUCCAACCGCCAGAGACCUUCAACUUCCGAACCCCGGACGACUGGCGACAGCCAAGUCAACAACACUAUAAUUGCAUGUGCUCUAUAAUUAUAGCACUACUGACCGGAUAUAUAGCCCACACUCAAACAGAAGACAGCACAGGGAAGAGAUAACUUUCUUUCAUGGUGUGCGCAUUUUGGACUGUAUAGGGAUAUGCAACAUUAUUUCCCUGGGUUAACUGGAGCAUGAUGACAGAGUUUACUGUGUGUGCAUACAA